AUGGCGGGCCCGGCCGGUCUCGAGUUGGUUGCGAAAGCACAAGUUCCAUUUUACUUCAAAACUAACGACAAAGUCGCUUGGUUAACACGUGAAAAUGUCAAUGUUGUGGCCAUAGCCCACACUUCAGUCUUUAUGGAAAAUGACUUUAAUCGGGGGGCCUCAAAAAAGGCUCAAAUCAACUUGAAACUUUUGAACAUGGAUACUGGAGAAACAGAAACAGAACUUGGUUACAUCUUGGUGUUCCCUUGUCCUGUUCUCGAAAUUGUUUGCGAUUUAACACAAACCAGAGGUUAUCCACUUUUGAACGUCUUCGCUCGUUUAGAAGACUUUCGAAGUGGUCUCUAUGUAUUUUCUUGUCCCUGCGAUCACAAGUUCCAAAACUCAAAAGUGCUGCAGAAAACGAUGGAGGUGACAUUAGAUGGGUGUAAUCCUCAGAACAGAGGGAAUUUUCAGUGCGGUACAAGUGUUCGCUUCUUGAAGGUAUCAGCUCUUUGUGCUGGACGCUAUUGGUUGGGUGUUAUUUUUAAUGAUGGUGAUUUCAUAUUGUAUGAAAUGACAGUUAAAGAAGCUAGCAGCCAUAUAAACUCCAAUUGUGGACCUUUUGAAUGGCAAGUUGACUGUACCAAUCACAUUAGCAGCAGUGCCGUAGAGCUAAAUAAUGUUCCCUUUUGCUGGAGAUUGUUGGAUUUCAAUCCAGAUCUGAAGAACAUGGCUGUGAUUGGACGAGGGUCUUAUGUGUUUUAUAUUGGUUUAGUGUUUGUUGACAUGAGUUCUUUCACUGUUACAGCCAAGGUGCAGCUGAAAGGCUUUCACUUUGUUGCCGACGCAAAAUAUUCCACUGGAGGAGAGUUCUUCCUGGCUCUCUGCAGUGGUCAGCAAAUUCAAAUGCAUAACACUGAUGGCCAUCAAUUGGGUAUUGAUUUUGAAGACUUCAAGGCAGUGUUAAUAUGGGACACUUUGGGUCACCUUCUACAUAAAAUUAACAUUGGCCCUUCCAGCAAGUCAUCUUUGGCUGCAUAUGAGCUCUUGUUAUCUCCUCAUGACAAUUACUUCAUGAUCCCUCAGAGUGGUUUUGGCAAAGAUCAAAGGCAAUUUUCAGUUUUUUCGAGACAUACGCUUAAUUUUUCUAAAUGUGAAGCACCAUUUGAAGCAGAGAACGUUUUACAAAUCUGUCACAAAACUGGGACGGAAAAUUACACAAGCUGUACCAUUUCAUCUAGUGGUCACCUGUUACUGGUGACACACUGUUGCCAUGUAAAUGCACAAGAUAUAAGCCAAGAUGUCUCUAAUCUUUUGGUCUAUAAAAUGAAAAACUCACCAACAAGGUUAAAGGUCCUCUGCCGUGUUGCAGUGCGAAAGUACUUUUCUGUUGAGAACAUGAAACAGCAUGAAAUCCCUGAAGAUAUUUUGUCAUUUUUAAAUUGGUGUUAA